UACGCAGGCGCUCGGGGCAGAGUCUGCCGGAAGCCAAGAUGGCGCACAAGUGUUAUCCAGGCCGCGGUUGGCGCCUUAUCUACAUCUGAGGGGUUGUUUCGUCAGGGACUGUGGCUGACUCCCUCUCCACCGCUAUGGCACGGCAUCGGAAUGUCCGAGGCUAUAACUACGACGAAGAUUUUGAAGAUGAUGAUCUCUAUGGCCAGUCUGUAGAGGAUGAUUAUUGUAUUUCGCCAUCAACAGCUGCUCAGUUUAUUUAUUCACGACGUGACAAGCCUUCAGAAGAAUAUGAUUAUGAAGAGAUGAAAGAGUCCUCCAAUUCCCUUUUGAGCCAUCAAUUAAGUGGAAUUGAUCAAGCUCGUCUUUAUUCUUGCCUUGAUCACCUGAGAGAGAUCCUUGGAGAUGCUGUGCCUGAUGACACAUUGAUUGAUGCAAUCCUGAAGAACAACUUUGAUGUACAGAAGGCCUUGUCAGUGGUUCUGGAACAAGAUAAUACACAGAAGUUGAAGGUCAAGAAUGAAGGAGCAGUACCUACGGGAAAGAUAGCAAAAGGAGUCUUAUUAUCUUCCUCUGAAGUUUCAGCUGAUAAUGUUCAGAGCUCUUGUUCAGAACCUGGAAACCAUUUGGAUUGUAGUAGCAAGCCCCUUGAGUUUUCUGGCCCAGUAGCAAAAGUUGGAUCAUAUCAUAAUUCCUCUGUUGUACCAAGUCACUAUUUACUCCACAAAAAAAAGAAAUUUGACAGACCUAAAAGUGAAAAGAAACUAGAAUCAUGUAAGUUAACAAAAGGGAUGUCACUAGCUGAACUUAUAGAGGAUAUGCCAAGAAAUUCUUGUAAACUUCAGCCUUCAGUUAGUAUGUCAUCUGCAGAUAGUCUGGGAGGCCUAUCUGUAAAGAAUGUAGAUGCUGAUUUGUUAAGACCUCAUGCAUCUGAAUGUGUUCCCAAAGAUGAUUCUGUGUUCAGAGGAAUACCGGAUUUGAAAUCCUUAAUGACAAAGAACACAGCACUUAAUAACUCUUUCUUGAUUCAGAAUAACUCACUGCCUGACUUGCAGAACAUUCCAGUACAGAAUAGCUUAGAAAGUUUAAGCAGUCCCUUGCACUUAAGUGGCCCAUUGGAAGGUAUAAUUCUUGAUAAUUUAAAUGCUAGCAAGACGCCUGAAGUGGGAAGUGUUUCGUCAGUUGAACAGAAUGCCAAGAAUUACCUUUCAAAAAAUGACAAUUUGCAGUUUUCCCAUUGUCAAAGUUCCUCCCUAGCUGAACUGUUUCAGGAACACAAAGAAAAAAAUCCAAGCCAAUGUUUUAUUUUAUCUGAUACUUGUAACCAGCCAUCUACCAGUUUCACAGAUCUGAGUUUGGGGUCCUUCCCCUUGUCACAACUUGCAAAUCGGUCUCAUUCUUCCACUGGAAUAUCAGAAUUAACAGGAUCUCUGUCAUCUUUGGCAUUUCGUAAACCUUCUCCUACAAGAGACCUUGAGAAUUUGUCUCUUUCCGAUUUGAUUGCAGAAACAAUUAAUAUAGACAAUUCUCAGAUUGAGAAAGAGUCCUCUAAAGUCAGUUUAUCUGAAGUGAAUUCACCUGGGAUAGAUGCAAAUAUUGAUCUUAGUGUCCUUAUAAAAACUCCAGAUUCUAUUCCAAAACCUAUAGUUGAGCGAUCAGUUGCUCCAGCGCCAGGAACUAAACUUCUAAGUUCAAAGUUAGGGAAAAGUUCCAAUACUGUUAUGGAUAAUAGAAGCAAUAAAAGUUCUCUGACUAGAAAACCACCAUUUCCUCUCUCUUGGACCAAGGCUCUUGCUGCUAGACCUUCAGCUUUUGCUUCAACAUUGUGUCUUCGUUACCCAUUGAAAAACUACAAACGACGCACCCUUGACCUUUAUAAGACUUUCCUUUAUAGCAGACAAGUUCAAGACAUAAAGGACAAAGAAUUAAGUCCUGUUAUAGCAAUCACACCAUUUGACUUCAAAUCAGCAUCUCCUGAUGACAUUGUAAAAGCUAAUCAAAAGAAAGCUUUUACAAGAGAAUAGUAACAAGAAAACCUUGAUAACUGUUGUAGAGCUUUUUAUUUUAAUUUCAAAUCUUUCUAUUAUGGGAUUUAAGUUGUGAUUUUUAUAUUAAAUUGUCUUAAGUCAGUUGAUAACUGUAGUUGAUACGUAUUUUUUGCACUGAGUUUUUUUACUCUUUUAGGGAAAACUGGCUUUUUUCAUGUUCAUAGUCUAUAACGGGUGUUAUGUUUACAAAUAAUGUGAAAUCAAACCUCAGAUAUUUUUGGUUGAAGACUCAACUUUAAAAGUUUUUACAAUGAGUUAUUUUCUUGUAUAAAAUUCUUUUGUGCUUGAAGGAAAAACCAUCACUUCAGAAUAGUUUAGUGAUGAAGAUUUUUCUUAGCAUAUGUGGAGUAGAACAGCUGGAACAAUUAUAUUUUAAAAUGUUAGUGGUAUUAUUCUUAGCUUUAUUAUUUUUAUGUGGGUGAAUACUAAAAUUUUUCUAUUGAAAACUUAUUAAAUUCCUUACAUUUAAGAAUACUGUUGAGGUUAUUGAAAUACAUUUUGAUGAUAAUAAAUGAAGUACCUUAAGGGAUCAUGUAAAUAUUUAAGUCAAAUUACUACACAGAUUAUUUUUUUAUACAUUUCAAAAUCUUUAUCCUAAAGGAACACUUCAGAAAUAAAUAUGUAGAAAGUGUUUUCAAAUAUGGUUGCAUGUUCUUUGGAUAUACAAUUUUAUUCAGAUCAGUUUUAACUCUGUUUUUAACAAUAAUGUGGAGAUGUUUUUCUUGCUACUGACAGCUGCUAUUACAAAGUUUUAUUAAUGAUUAAUUAAUCAUUGUUUUAGUGAAACAAGUUUGUAAUUCAUCCCUUUUGUCAGUGGUCUUCAGUUGGCAGUAGAAUCUUGGGGAAACAGAUACUGUCUAGACCUGAUGCUCCAGUUUUUGAGAAAUGUCCUUUGGGAAUCUGUGUUUUAAAAUGGUUCAAUGAUUCCUGCUAUAUUAUUCUAUUCAAGAAACAUUCCCUCAGAGUAAUUUUCUCAGCUGUUUUUGGACUGGUCCGUCAACCUUGUUUUCUUCCUGUGCCCUUCCUCGCCUUCCCUUCCCAUGUCCCUGUUCGAUAGGCUGCUCCCCCCCCAGACCCCCAACUCUCAGACUGUGGCUUCCUUGGAAUAUUCCAUAUGGCUCCCUCACUGAGGAAUGCUGCUUUACAGAAAAUUGGAAAAAUCAAUGGAAUGAAAGGAACUACUAAUACUAAAAUUAUCAAAGAACAGUUUGAAGUAAUAAUCCAUAAUUUCUUUUAAUCAGUAAUAGUGAUUGUUAAUAGUAAAUAGUAAAAAGUUGCUAUUUAGGAAUUACAGUUUUUGGACAGGAAGAUGCUAUUAUUUUGCAGAAAAAGUCAUGUCUAAGAUAUUAUUACUUAAUGCAAUAAAAAAAAUACUGGCCUUUUCCUAGUAAAGAAAUAUUUUUCUCUGUCAGCUACCUUGCUAUGCAUUUUUUGUAUUCUUGUUUCUGUUUUAGAGUGACAUUCCAGUAUUUUUAGUUCCGUUUGAUGUUUAUAUAUCCAGCGGUUUGGUGGGAAAACUUAAGCUGGUAUUAUAUCUUCAUUGUUCUUGUGACCAAACACUUUCUUAUGAUGCCUUUUAGGUUUUGUUUUUAAUUGCAUAUUUCAGUACGAUUAAGUACUGAGCAUUCAUAGUGAAGCAGAGGAGAUCAUAUAAAUCACAAGUCAUAUUUUAUGGUCCAUUUUAAAGUUUGAAUUACCCCAACUGCUGAUUUUGUUUUUCCAGUCUUGAACCUUGAUCAAACAUUUUAGUAAUUUUGAGCUAUUAAUAUGACUCAUCAGCUAGAUUUAUAUAUAGGCAGUCUCCAGCUUAGAAGUUAGCUGUAUGCUACCAGUUUGUUUGGAACUGAUGAUAGUUCCUGGUUACAUGAAGAGCUACACCUAAUGGUCUCCUUUGCAUAUAAAUCCAGUUAACCGUGUUGAAGAAUGCUACUAUAUUUUGCCAUUUUUGGUAGCACCUAAUUUUCAGGUAGAAGUACAAGAUAUUUGCAUUAUUUUAAGUCUUUUAGUGUGAACUGGAUCUUCUUUUGUUGAAUGAUGAGAAUUGUAACUACCAUUUUAGAGAAGUUCUCUAUGAGAGGUUGCUUGUGAAGGCAGCAGUUUUUAAAUGUCUUAUUUCCCUUUUUGUGGCUGCAGCAUUGUCGUGCAUGUACCUGGCAUGUACUUGCCCUGUUGACACAAAAGUGUCAGUCUUUGCUACCUUAAGUAGCAAAGUAGAAAGUGGCUCUGCCCUUUCCACUCUCCGCCAUUGACUUGUUACAAGACAAGUGCAUGUUUGUUCAUGGGUACAUUCUGUGUGACCAUUGCUUGUCCUAAGUGCUUUAUCUGUGCCCGCUGCCUUUAUUGAUUGACUUGUGUUCUUGGUAGCACAAAGUACUAAGAAUUUUUGCUUUAUUUUUCAAUGUAAAUGUCAGUAUUGCUGUACAAAGCCACUUGUACUUUUUGUUGCGAUCAAACCUAUCAACAUAGAAAUUGAAAUAGUAUUGUAAUCAUAUUCUAAAUGAUACGAUGCAAAAGAUAUUUAAAAUUGCCACCUUUUACUCAUCAGUUUUUUUUGUUUUGUUUUUCAAAAAAUCUGAUGUUCAUGCAUGUUUUGUCCUUUUCCAUUCUAAAGUCUUUGGGUCCCUUCUUGAUUUUACUACUAAUCACAAGUCACAGGGUUUUAUUUCUAUUUAAAUAAAAUAUUUUGUUAACUUUACCUUUUCGGGCUUUUCUUGGUUGUGGGGCCACAUCCAACUUUGUUCAGGGCUUACUCCUGGCUUUGUGCUCAGAGAUCACUUCAGGCAGGGCUUGGGAGACCAUGUGCCACUUGGAUUCAAACUCAGGUCAGCUGCUAUCUAGUAAGUGCUCUACCCUCUGUUCUAUCUUCUUGGUCCCUUAAUUUGUAUUGCAGGACUUUUAUUCUCUCCUCUUUCCUUCUCAUUAGUUUUGAAUGUUUUCUACCUUGCACCUCUUCAUCCUUUUUCUUCUCAUGUAAGUUAUCAUAACUAUUCUUACUAUGUUACUUAGUAUGUAAUGGGAGUUCAUGUGAUUAGUAGUCACACCAAGGAUCAAACUAGAAUUAUACUCUUCUUUAUAUGUAAAAGGAAGAAGCAGUGUUAGAUAAACAAAAUUAAAAGAAAAAUAAUGAAAUCUUUUAUGAUUGUUUAUCAUUUAAAUUGACCAUGAGAUUGAUCUCACAAUCUAUUUGUUCCACUGCAAAUGAACAUGUACACAGUUGUAUAUUGUGGAAGAUCUAACAACAGAUUUUCUGUUUUGUGUUCACAAAAGUAUGUGGUUAUAAAAUGUUCUGUAUCUUAGAAAUUUUUUUUGUUGAUCAAUGUAUAUAAACAAUAAGUUUAUAUAAGUGAUAAGUUGACCAGAUAGAGGAGGACUAAUAUGAGUUACUUUACUGGUUUUAUGUCUAUUCAUAUAAUUAUAUAAAGCUCAAUGUAUGCAGUUGUAUGUUGUACAUUUACUUUUUGGGGUAUGUGACUCAUCACAUUUCAAGUAUAUAUAUGUGCACACAUAUAUAUACUUAUGCACAUAUGUAUAUAAACUCUGUGUGUAUGUGUGUGUGUGUGUGUGUGUACAGUUUUGUAAGAGCUGCGUUGGGAUGAGUUAAAGUUCUGAGAUUUUUCUUGAGUGUGAAAUGUAUCACAAUUACGCAUUAGGAUUUUUUACAUAAGGUUAAUAUUUUGUAAUUGUAUUUUAAUAACUUAUGCUGAAGUUACUGCUUUAUGUUUCUAUAAACAAAUUAAACUACUGAUUGUGAAGAAUUUC